AUGACUACGAGGACCUCGAUGUUCCUCUUCCAGCAGUUGUGCAGUUUAAAAUCUCUGCCUAUUGCUAAAGAAAACCCACAAUCUUGUGAUCAACAUAUUGAUGGCCUUGUUACCGAUGCUGCAGAUUGGCUUAGAAGGAUACUUGGCCUCUUUAUUUUUGGCUUUGAUGUUGUCGUUCAAGAAGGCACUGGUGACCAUGUGAUUGUGGAUGUGAAUUACCUCCCUUCACUCAAGGAAGUUCCUAAUGAUAUUGCAAUACCUGCCUUUUGGGAAGCUCUAAAGGAGAAGAUUGAUUCAGAAAAGAGUAAACAACCUACAAAAGCUUCUUGA